AUGGUUUCUCAAACUUCGAAGAGUGAUCUGAAUAUAAACCCGUCACGCGAUAAAUAUAUGUUCAUCCAACAUGACAUAAACUAUUACAAAGUUUUAUCGCUGAGAUGGAAUUGUGACAAUACGGAAAUCAAGGAAGCAUACCGACGAUGUGCUAUACGAUACAAUCCCGCGCAGCAAAAGAACGGAGGUGCUGAGGCGAUUUUCGCCUUAGCAGCUGAAGCGUACGACGUGCUCUCGGAUCCACUUAGAAGGGCCGUGUAUGAUCAAUACGGCGAAGAGGGUCUUAAAAAUGGUGUGUCGAGAGCAGAAAGAUUCGUGAAACCUUACGUUUAUCACGGCGAGCCGAUGCGAACCUUUAGAGAAUUCUUUGCGGCUGAAAAUCCGUACGACGAUCUUCUAAAUAUUCUAACAGAACCUCAUCUUAAAUUUCCCGAGGGUCAGGGUAUAAAACGGAAGCAAAAAUCCUUGAUUAAAAGCCUAUAUUUAACUCUCUCCGAAAUAUUUUUUGGCGGAAUAAAGAAAAUGAAGAUCCAAAAGUUGGUUUUACUUGACGAUAAGUCGAUAACGUCGUCGAUGGAGAAGAUCUUGACGAUACCCAUUAAGCCGGGAAUCCCAGCAGGUACCAAAAUAGUAUUUCCAGAAGAGGGUGACCAAAGUCCUAUGAAGAUACCUGCGGACAUUAUCUUCGUCACGGAGGAUCGCCCUCACGAAACGUUCCGGCGAAAGGGCUCGGACUUGCACACGACGAUCGAUAUCUUUCUGAAGGAGGCGCUGACCGGAACAGUGAUCACGCUUAACACCAUCGAUGACAGAAUUCUUCGGAUUCCAAUAACGUCGAUCGUUACACCAGAUUACAUCAAACGUGUGCCGGGUGAGGGAAUGCCAUUUCCCGCAAAUCCGAAGCAAAAGGGUGAUCUAAUACUGAAGUUCAACAUCGAGUUUCCAGUUUAUUUGUCGUUGUCCAAUACGUUCCUCGCCUCAUAUUGGCCAACAAAAUGCGCAGAAAUGUCAACGACGACGUUCCAUUUCGACGUGGCAUGA